AUGGAGUCACGACCUGAAGAGAUGCGCCGACCCGGGACCAACUCCGGGGUUGUUCCCGAGGGUAAGGAGGACGUCAUGAUCGGGUUUUCACAGGCACCACCCCGGACACGAUCCCCUUUGGCCCGAUCGCAUCUCCGCUCUCGAUCACUGGCUGGAAUCCCGGGCAUGCCGUCUAUGACGCGCGCUUAUUCCUCCCCGGGGCUGGACUCUCAGGGUCGUUAUAUCUUCGUCAAUGGUCGUGGGGCACCAAUCGACGCGAAAAGAUAUCCCCUGCAAAUGCGCCCUGACGAUUAUAUCGACCGCAUGGGCUCCCUCAAUAUCUCAGAAACCAUCUCCGAGAACGCAGAAUUAGAAACCAUUCCCAAAUCGCCUUCACAAUCAGCCUCUCCUAUCUUGAUGCCGCAGACUUUCCCCCGCAUCGGUCGCCUGCGUCCGACUUCACCCCUUCCUCUCCAGACCCCUAUCAGCCCCUCCUUGCAUUCAUCCCCCAUUCUGGGCUCCAAAUACAACGAAUCUUACCCCGGCCAGUCUGGCUCGGUUUCGUCCAUUUCCGUCCCCUCAACUCCGACCAGCCUUCGCUCCCGAAGCCCCAGCAUUUCAUCCCUGGAAACAAUCCCCGACAUCCCUGACGCUGAGAAUGAGGCUCUCGAAGAAGAACGCAUCGCACAGUUGAAGGCAGCGGCUGAUGCAGCCGACGCGGCAAAUACUGCCAACCGACGGCGUGGCGCAUCUGAUGUGCCCAGCUCAUUCACCACCAUGCGCGGGGGAUCAGGCGGAUAUGCAGUUCGAAGCGAUAAGCGCAAACGAUGGAGUGUCUGUGGUGCCGAGCGACGGCAGGAUCUCGACCUGGAGACCAUCUGGGAAGACUGA